UAGUGACAGUCGCAAGGAGGUGAGAAGAGUGAAAACUUAUUUCUUAGUUUUUCUCUUCAUUAAAAAAUUAGUGAAAAAAAAUUACAUAGAAACCUACUAAAAUGUCCAAAUUAGUUUCUCAAGUUCCAAUCUGGACAGGAAGACUCGUCCAAGAAGCAAAACCUAGGCUUAACACUUUUAUGAAAUAUGCAAAAGUGGAAUUAUCACCUCCUACACCAGCUGACAUUCCUCAAAUAAGAGCGGGAAUUGGUAGGCUUAUAACUGCCGCAAGAACAGGCUCUUGGAAAAAUCAAACAGUUAAAGAAGCUUGGCUCAAUACACUUGUUGGAAUUGAAGUGUUAUGCUGGUUCUACGUUGGAGAAUGUAUUGGAAAACGUCACAUAGUUGGAUAUGAUGUUUAAAUAAAUUGGGGUUAAUUUAAAAAUUUUGUAGAAUGUACUUUUAUGUCAAUAGAAUAUUACUUCUAUCAACAUACUCAUUUUUUGUGUUCUCCAAAUAAAUUGGUGAUAAUGUAGAUAAUUUUUGUGUUCAAUAUCUUGGAUUUGUCCAAAAAUAAUAUUCUUAGUUUGACUAUAGAAAAACAAUAAUAAUUUUGAUCAGUAGAAGUGUUUAUUUGAAUAAAUACGUCAUUCUCAUAUUAUAUGUAUUGAAUAUGUCUUUAGGUCCAACUUGUUCUUAAGACAAAUCUGUUCUUCCAUAGUCUGAAUAUAUAAUAUCUUUCUCAAUUUCUGGAAAAUUUUUGCUGCUUGUCCAUUUUCCAAAAGUAACUGAUAUUUUGUAUAUCUUUUGUCUCUACUUGUAUAGCUAGCAAGGAAAAUAUGGGCAUAAAAUUUGUUUUGAUUUUAGGUCUCUUCUGGUUGAAAAUUAGUUUUGAAAAGGUCAAAAUGUUAGCUUUUGAUCUGUCUUAAAAAGUAAUUUUAAAUCAGAAGGGUCCUAAAGUCGAGACAAUUUAGAAAUAAAAGGGUCUAAGAAAUAAUAAACUCAAGUUCUUAUGCUUUAUAGUCAAAAUUUUAAUAUUUAUAUAACAUACAUAUAAUGUGGAACAGCCAAUUGGAUUAAAUUCAUUAAUAAAUUAAUUAGGGCGUGUUGGGAAAAACACUUCGAUGUCUAUUUGUAUUUUAAUUGCACAUUUUUUUCAAAAAAAAUUUUGUAGGGUAUGUCAUAUGGCAGUUGUCCGAUACCUUUUUUAUUUUAAAUGCAACCCCCUGUAUAUUAUUUAGUUUUUGGAUUCUGAACAUAAUUCAUGUACAAUGUUCUAUACCCCAACUGUUACGGAAAUAUCAAGUGUUUUCAUUUUUAUUACAAAAAUUAUUAUAA